GAUUACUGCAAAAAAUGUGACGGACGGUCAAAAUUCGGUGUCCGUCUUUCAUAGCUCACAUUUAAUAAGUACAUGUUUUACAAGAGCCGUGGUUACAUAGGUGACCCCGUAAGACGUCAGAGUGCGAGUUUGACGACAUAGCAGCGAUGUGGGCGCUUCUUGUCUUAGCAACAAUCGUCUUUUGUUACUUGUUACUUUAUUAUGUUGCGUUCAAGGGCACCAGGAACUUCAGCCCGGCGAUGCUGACCGGGAAGACGGUCAUCGUCACAGGAGGCAACGCGGGUAUCGGUAAGGCCACCGCUGUGGAACUGGCCAAGAGAGGAGCCCGAGUCAUCCUGGCGUGUCGCAACAAGGAGAAAGCCGAGGCCGCCGUGUUUGACAUCCGCCAGGAGACCGGCAAUGCUCAAAUUGUGUUCAUGCACUUGGAUCUAGCGAGCUUGAAGUCUGUUCGCAGCUUUGUUGACACCUUCUUGAAAUCUGAGCCCAGAUUGGACAUUCUCAUCAACAAUGCAGGUCACAUGGGUCCCGGACGCACACGAGAGGGCUUUGGAAUGGCGUUGGGGGUCAACCACCUGGGUCACUUCCUGCUCACCAACCUUCUCCUGGAGCGCAUGCGCCGGUGCGGAGCGGCUCGGGUGGUGAACGUGGCCUCGCUUCUCCACCGCCUCGGCACCGUGGACUUCUCCCUGCUGGCGUCCCACAAGGACUUGGUGUCGGGCCAGUCCACCUGGCAGGACUUCCGGGCCUACUGCAGCAGCAAGCUGUGCAACCUGCUCUUCACCAGGGAGCUGGCUAACAGGCUGGAGGGGUCAGAGGUCACCUGCUACAGCCUACAUCCAGGAGUCAUCAACACCCAGCUGUGUCGCAACAUGAGCUGGUGGCUGACGACUUUACAGACGCCCUUCGCCAAGCUCUUCUUCCUGGACCCCGAGGGCGGCGCCCAGUGCACGCUUUACUGCGCCCUGCAGGAGGGCAUCGAGGCGCUGAGCGGGCGCUUUUUCUCCAACUGCGCCGUGCGGCAGGUGGCACGCAGAGGGCGAGACGACGCCACGGCCAGAAAACUGUGGGAGGUGAGCGAGAGACUGACCCACAUGUCGUGAUCUCGUCUCUACGUCGUGACGUCACACUAAGUACUAAGAAAUACGUUUUGGAGUGAAGACGUUCAAGUAGAGUUUAUGAUUGAGAGGACAUUUUCCUUAACGCUGUGACAGAAGGAAAGUUUUUAGUCAUUUACUUUGGUCCAGAAAAGCAAAUAUUCAUUCACGAGUACAGUAGCAGUACCGUAUUUUCCGCACUAUAAGGCGCACCUAAAAACCACAAAUUUUCUCAAAAGCUGACAGUGCGCCUUAUAACCCGGUGCGCUUUAUAUAUGGAUUAAUAUUAAGAUUCAUUUUCAUAAAGUUUCGGUCUCGCAACUUCGGUAAACAGCCGCCAUCUUUUUUCCCGGUAGAACAGGAAGCGCUUCUUCUUCUACGCAAGCAACCGCCAAGGUAAGCACCCGCCCCCAUAGAAGAGGAAGCGCUUCUUCUUCUACUGUAAGCAACCACCCGCCCGCGUACAAGAA